GUAAUUUUGAUUCAAUUCAAAUCAAAUCUUCAAUCGAUUGCCUUGCCGGUUUGGUGUCUGUAAAUAGUGUGUUAAAAGUGAAAAUUUUGUUCUUACAAGAAGCAAAUCAAAUAAAAAAAACAACGUUGAAUCAAUAUCAAUUUAAUUUCGAAAUAUGAAACUAUUUUAAUUGUUAUAAGUUCUAUUAUUGCGAUCAAAAUGUCACGAUUUCUAUCAAAGGCUCAAUUGGAAGGAUUCGAAAAAUACAAGUAUAACUCGGUGGACACAAGUAUACUCAGCAAUUAUGUUAUGCAUCCAUUUUGGGACUGGUGUGUUCAGUUUUGCCCGGUGUGGGUGGCACCAAACCUGCUAACAUUCACUGGCUUUCUACUGACGGUCCUUAAUUUCCUAUUGUUCUCUUACUAUGACUAUGGGUUCCAUGCCCUCACAGAGGAGAAUAUCACCAAUGAUCAUAUACCCAAUUGGGUGUGGGCCGUUACUGCUAUCAACUUGUUUGUGGCAUACACUUUAGAUGGUAUCGAUGGCAAGCAAGCACGUCGCACGGGCACCAGCGGUCCACUUGGGGAGCUGUUCGACCACGGCCUGGACUCGUACUCAGCUGUUCUCAUACCAACCUGUCUUUACAGUAUAUUCGGAAGAGAUGAGUUGAGUCCGCUCCGUUUCUUCUUCGUGAUCUGGAACAUCUUCAUCAACUUCUACCUGACUCACUGGGAGAAGUACAACACGGGCGUGAUGUUCUUACCUUGGGGAUAUGACUUCACAAUGAUUGGUUCAUGUAUCCUGCUGCUGGUGACGUCGGCAGUGGGUCCGCGCACAUGGCACGCUCAGCUCCCUGGCGGACUCUCGCCUGGCUUCCUCUUCGAGAUCGUGCUCUACUUCUCUGCAAUAAUCACAAGCCAGACUGUCAUACUCUGGAAUAUAUACAAGUCCUAUCGAGAUGGUACAGGCAAGAUGCGUCCAUUGUUGGAGGCUGUGCGUCCCCUGGUACCUCUGGCGGCGUUCUUCGCGCUCAGCUCCGCGUGGGCCUUGUACUCGCCGAAUGACAUCCUCAAUCGUGGACCCAGACUCUUCUACAUACUUACCGGCACUAUAUUCUCUAAUAUCAACUGUCGUCUGAUCGUGUCACAAAUGAGUGACACGCGGUGCGAGGUGUUCAACGGUCUGCUGGUGCCGUACGGUGUGGCGGUGUCGCUGGCGCUGUGCACACCACUCUCGCCCAUGACGGAGCUGCUCCUGCUGGCGGGACUCUGCGCCGCCGCCACCGCCGCACAUCUCUACUACGCCACCAGAGUCGUCCAAGAGAUGUGUGAACACUUCAAAAUUGCGUGCUUCCAUAUAAAACCAAAGAUUAAAUAGAAUUAUGUUGCCAGUAUCAAAUUAAUUCCUACCAAGUUGGAAAUUUAAUUAACCUUAUUUAUUUUCCUAUUACAAUAAGUGUUAUUUGAAACUCUCAUAUGUAAUUGAAUUAUUGCAGAGAGUUUGUGGAUAUUUCCAAAGAUCUGAUGUGCUUGUCAUAAAUGUAUGUUUAACUUAGAAAAGUUUUAGAAUUAAUAUAAAAUGUGAAGUACCAAGUAGUACUUUAGAAUUUGACGUCAUUCUUAUGCUUACAUUCAUUUAGACUAGCAUUUAUCAUUGAAAGUUAUUCUGCACUCGUGUAAGCGUUUGUUACUUUUGAUUUCUAUUGAAAUUCUGCUGAAUUUUGCGUUGAAAACAAAUUGUUUUCUUUAACGUACAUUUUUACUGCAUAAAUAUUUGUUAAAAAAUAUUUUUUUUACUCUCCGUAUUUGUACGUUAUGUACUACUUGUAUUAGUACUCAUGUUUUUUAGUUUCCAACUUUUUAUUUUCUUUUUUGUUAAAUUAGUAAUUUUGCUCAUAGGCUAGUCAACUAGGAUGUCUAGGUAACAUCAAAAAAACUAUUUUUAGGAUAUUAAAUAUUUAUAUGUUUUUUCCGUCUCAAAUCGAUGUAACAGUUUAAUUUUUUGAUGAAUGUUUAUUGAUAAAGUAUUUUUUGUAAUAUCUCAUGUAAUAUUGGUAUAUUACAUGUUUUAAUCGAUAAAAUUGGUCUUGUAUCUACAGUUUUUGAAAUAAUUUAAACAAUUUUGGAUACAUUUUUAAACAUUUGAGAUGUUUAUUAUGAAGUGCUUCCAUUAUUUCAUUUGAGUUGUUUGUGUAAUAUUUUAAAAUAUAAAAAUAUCGUAUUUAACUUCCACAUAUUUGACAAUUUUAGAAUAAAAAUUAUAUUGAAUGUAAAAAUAUUCAAAUUUGGUCAUAUUUCUUUAUUAAAUCUGCAAAAUAUAUCAGUAACCUUUUUGUAGUUAUUUUUUCUAUUGAACUUUUAUACAUACAAAAUUUUGUUUGUUAUAAAAAAAUAUUUUGUUAAAAAAAUGAAAUAGAGGUGUGGCAACCCCAAAUCUAUCUUAUUAAUAUUAUAAAUGCAAAUGUUUGAAUGGAUGGAUUGAUGUUUGUUUUUUGAAGGUAUCUCCA